AAUAGACCCUCCCCCGAACCUGCGUGUCUUUUCUUUUCUUUUUUUAGUCGCAGUUCGACUCCAGUCAACAUCUAUCUGGCCUGGUUCUCUGCUCAGACGGAGACAAAACCGGAGUUAACUUCACUGGGAAAGGAAACCGUCGCUAAGUGUAAAAUACAAAGGACGUCGCGAUCAGCUGAUCCCCGGGACGAGACGGGAGCGACAGAACGAGAGCUCGACACGACGAACAACAACGAGCGGAGGAUCCGGCUCAUCUCAUAGUUCAGAUCCACCUCUGCUCCAUCAAACAACCAUGGAAGAACAGAAAACGGUAUUGUCAGACUUCCUUGUUUCCAGCUUCUGUCCUGUUGACUAGUUUUCAUAUAAUCUAUGUUAACUCUUUUUUUUUUCUUUGGCAAGUAUGUAUCAGAAUCUGUAGGGUGAUUGAGAUCAAGUCCUUUUAGAUUUGCGGUUACCUGUUUUCUUCUUACUUCCAGUGGCCUUUCAUUUAUCAUCACCCGCAGAGACACACUGGUGGAGUUUUCAUUGUCACGGCCUACAACCUAAUACUGAACUGCAUUCAAUUUUCUUAGCAUUGCUCUAGACCGGGGGUGUCAAACUGAUGCUGACGAGGGCAACUGCCCUACUGGUUUUCCACCUCUCCCUGCCCCAGCUCCUACCGAUUACCUUGACCACGUGUGUUCAGUCAAUGACAAGCUGGAAAAGCCAACUGACACACCUGAUCAAGCUAAACAGCAGAGAGAGCUGGAAAACCAGCAUGGACACCGGCCCUCGAGGACCAGAGCUCGAGGUGUGUUCUAGACCCUGACCUAUGAUUACAAUACAAUUUGACUUCAUUUAUCGACAAUGAGGAAAAUAUUUUGUUUGCAGCAGCAAAAGACAAUAGUCAAAAACAGCAUAUGAGAAUAACAACAGUAUUAACCAUGCAAAAAAACUAGGUAUUAAGUAAAUUUAAGUGAAGAAUGAAGAAUAUUUUUGUCUGCAUAAAUAAUACACAAAGAAUCUAUUAUUGGCCCAUGCCUAAAUUUUUUUGUUAUCUCCGGGUCAGAUUCAAACCAAAUGCCAAAAUGAUCAGGUCUUGCCACACGAGAUAUGUGGAGAGGCAUCAAGACCAUAAAAGACUACAAGCGCAGCGAUAAACAGAAUCACAAAAGGGCUUCAAUGCUGUAUCUCUGUCAGCAGCGUGACCAAGCUUUCACUGGACCAUCAGAACUAAGGAAUCAUCACAAGAUUCACUUUAGGAAGAAACCAUUCAACUGUGAACAGUGUGGAAAAACACUCUCUGGCAGCAGUAGUGUUCUGAGACACCAACGUGUUCACACUGGAGAGAAACCUCAUUCAUGUGACGAGUGUGGAAAAGCUUUCUCUCGCCGCAGUGGCUUACUGGCACACCAACGUAUUCACACUGGAGAGAAACCUCAUUCAUGUGACGAGUGUGGAAAAGCUUUCUCUAGCCGCAGUGGCUUACUGGCACACCAACGUAUUCACACUGGAGAGAAACCUCAUUCAUGUGACCAGUGUGGCAAAACAUUCUCUCACCUGACUAGCAUUCUGAGACACCAACGUAUUCACACUAGAGAGAAACCUCAUUCAUGUGACCAGUGUGGAAAAGCUUUGUCUGACCACAGUAGCUUAAAGAUACACCAACGUAUUCACACUGGAGAGAAGCCUUAUUUCUGUGACCAGUGUGGAAAAGCAUUUUCUCAGCUCAUUCACUUAGCAAUACACCAACGUGUUCACACUGGAGAGAAGCCUCAUUCAUGUGACAAGUGUGGAAAAGCAUUCUCUUGUCGCAGUGGUUUAGUGAGACACAAACGUUUUCACACUGGAAAGAAAUCUCAUUCAUGUGGCCAGUGUGGGAAAGCUUUUUCUGAGCUCAGAAGCUUACUGAAACACCUACGUGUUCACAACCUCAGCACACUGAUCUGAUGAGUGUGGAAAAAUGUUCUCCUCUUCUGACAAGCUGAUGCGGCGUCAGCGGAUUCACACUGGAGAAUGAAUUUAUUUAUGUGAUAGUCAAACUAAUUACAUAUACUGUCUCAAUAACAUGGAUGUAGUGUUUAGAAAAUAACACUGCAAGACGUGACAACACAAACAACAACACGCUGUGAAGGUGACCAACUAAACUAUUAGCUUGUUUUAUUCAUAGAAACAGUUGUCAUCUUUUAACAGUACUUAAAAUUGACCUGAAAUUGACUUAAUGAAUAAAAGUCAUUACUUUCUGUAGUUCACAGAAGUACAGUGUAGCAAUUCACGUGUGGACCUAGGUAACUUAACAUGUAAGCAUCACUCCCUUCCAUAGAGACAAAGCUAUGACCAGAAAAUAAGAAUGCACGGAACUCUUGUCUUUUCCACAGGACACUGUUUCCUCUCACAACAGAACUGUGAAUUUAACAUAAACAACACACAUAUGGUUAAGUGCACAUCACAAGACCAUGGAUACUUUCAGGUGAUGCCACCUAAAUCUCACCAGGGUCCUCCUCUGCCUUAACACUAACCAGACCUAGACUUGUCUGUUGUUUUUUACCCAGACGCAUGGACUCUCCCACUAGUCAGUAGAUCUGGGUCGUAAACCUGGAAUGUGAAUUAAUAAAAAGAGAAAACUCUCCAUUUAGACACAGAUUAUGGUUCAGAUCCACCAAAACUUUCAACUGUCAUGAGACUGAUACCAUUGUAUUCUGUAUAUAAAAUGCUUUUAUUUGAUAUGAGAUUGGUUCCUGUGUGAUGCUUCAUUCUUGAUCUACAGAUUUGCCAGUAAAAUACUCAACAACAAAGGAACCUCAAAUAACUUCUCACCAGGCUUUGCUUUGUGUGGACUUAUAAAGAGAAUUAAAGAUACUCACCUUCUUCUUUUAAUCUGGGUACCAUACAGUAGAUAUGUUCUAGGUACCCCAGGUAAAUUAUGUAACCUGAUGUUCAUUGUGCUGACUUUUUAAAUCAUUUUAAGUGUUACAACAGUUUAAUUAGUAAUAUUUAGAUUAAGCCACUCAUAAUUUGUGAUUUUGCUUCUGAUUAUUUGUGUAUGUUUUAGUGUUUACUUAGUGUUACAUAGGGAAAAGACCAUUCAUCAUGUAAUAACUUGUCAUUUGUCACAGCGUUUAAAGGACAAUGUAUAAAGACUUAAUAAUCUAUGCAUUUAUCUUUGUUGUUUAACCAUUCUGACUUCUCUGCUUAUUUGAGUGGCAAAGUGAUCGUUCCAUGUGUACUGUGUUAUGGUUUGAUGGAACUUUGAGCUUGAUGAAAAGAGGAAAGCUUAGUUAUCCCAAAUUUAGGAUCAAACCAAACAAGUAGUUUGAUUCCUGAUCUGAAGAGGUGGAACUCUCCACCACUGGUUGAACUCAUUUUUUCCGCCCUGCAGUGACCACUGCCCCUGGGGAAUUUAAACCAGUGACACCCUAGUGGAAUCGGAUUUCGCUCUAUCUUCAAACUUCUUCACCUUUUCUUUUUGCGUCUAAUUCCUUUCUUUAAUUUCCUUUGUUCUUAAAUUUUGUAAACUUACCUUGAACUUAAAAAAUACGAACAAGCAGCGAAUUUCAUUACUUUAGAAGGUCAUCUCAAGAAACUUUGUGAAACUCUCUUCUUAAUUGACUCGCUAUUUUUGAUUGAACUAAUUAAAUGAGAUUCCAGCCCGUUUCCUUUUUGGGCUAGUUUUAGUAGCGCUGACGCUUUGAAACACCUUGAAAGUCCAGCCUGACUGACUGUUACUUCGCUGAACCCGAGCCGUCAUCAUCACCGCGGGCGACGAUUUCUGGCCCAAAGGCCGUGGCACCUGGACCAGAGAGGGCACGUCUGCUCCACCAACCGGUAACGGGAGACGCUGCACAGCGGCUACAGCUCCAAACUAAGGCAAGAUGAACAUCUCUGAUCCUCUGAGAAGUCUGGUGUUUCUUAAAGCGCUAAAAAUUGAAUAUUCCAAAUUCAUUAGUUUUAUAAGUUAGAAACAAUUACUCUAUUCUCUUAAUCAAAGCCACCACACACUUCAGUAUUGACCAUCAUUUAUCCUUUUAUUCAUUCGUUGCACAUUGCUACGUUUACUGUGGUUUUGUUCACAUAUGUUUAUUAAUUGCCAUUAACAUUAUCUGUUACAUGAAGCUUCCAUCACACACACACACACCCUCAUUCACCAACACUCUCUCUGUUCAUGCAUUGCUAAUCAUUUCAUACUCAUUUUUUGUUUGUUUAUUUGAAUAUGUUUAUUUUAUUUCCUCCAUAUAUCCAGUAGUGUUAGAUCAAUAAAAUGUAAAAGGAAUCUGGUUUUGUGUGCAUUGUUCUUCAGAUUUACUGUAAGCAGAGGUCACUGAACCGUGACAAGAAUUCACGACAUUAGAGACUGAUUUAGUUUUAUCGCAAGAAAGGUGUUAUUGUUGUUCAUAACUAGUAACUCACAAAUUGAAAUCUGGUGUUGAAUAGAUUAAUACAAGGGUUGUAUCAGCUUUAAAACAAACCAAAAGCCCCAAUUUCGAGGAAUGUUAAUGUUUUAUUAAUCAUUAAUCAUUAAUCAUUAAUAUCAAACUAUUAUUUUGAAUCAGCUACAACAGUAAAGGUGUCAGCUCAGGUGCACUUUUCUUGCUCUGUUGCUUAUUGCGCUGUGGCAAACUGUUUGAAAUCUGUUUUCACUGCUAUGAUGGAAAAAAUAGUUUCUUAUUGUAUGACAUUAUAAGAAAGUACUGUAUAUGGUUUGUUAUGUUCAGCUUGCAGCUUCCUUAUGUAUGGAAAUCAUACACCAGUUUUCUGUAUUUGACAUUUCUCUUGCUCUAUGGUUGUUUCUGCCUGGCACUCUCUGAAGCUGGCUCCUAUCUGAGCCUCCUCUCAGUGACAGAGAUGUCUAUGCAAUUUGAUUGGACCAGAGGGACAAUGUGUCCUGUCAGGUAAAGGGACAAAACGCUGAAACAACCUGAGGAUUGUGGGAUCUUACGUUACACCUUUUUCUUGUAUGUUCUGUUGCAUGUCCAGCACUGGUUUAGUUUAGCCUUGUUGUUUUUUAGGGGUUAUUUAUGGUGCACAUCAAUGUUUUAAUUUACUAUCCCCACUAUUGUUUUCUUUUGUCACAAUAAAUUACAUGAAAGACAACUCUCA